CGAGGCGCAAAGUGCUACGGGCGCGUCCCCCCAAAAGUGUGUCUGCGCUCCCGGACAUGCAGCCGUGAGAUGAGCUUUCAGCAAACAAAGCUACUCCGUCAUUUGGGCAGCGCGACAUGCGCUACAGGAGCACAGAGCACCAGCACCGUGACCGGCUAACGAUCACGCGCUCGGUCCGCGCGCUGAACAUCAGCACAUCAAACAGUGGCUUGCCAAAGGUCACCGUGGAUGGGAUUUAGUCCGCCCGUAUUUGCGCCUCUGUGCUUUGGAGUGAAGGCGCAGCGCCGAGAUUUGGAGCUGCCUCGCGAUUUUUGGGACAGUCUCUGCUGUUGCUCACCCGCUGGAUCUCAUCUGCAAGCGAAUGUGACUUUUCAUCCUGCUGGCUAAAAUAAGAGCUGGGUUUGGGCUGAAGUGACAGUGCUCCUCGCACGCGGGACCCCGGCAGUGUGUCUUUAGAGUGAUGGCGGCGUGGGCACCUUCCUCCUCCGCCGGCGAGCCGGACCCCAACACGGCUAAUUUACGACCACCUUCCUCAAGCUAUGACUGGAGUGGAGUUGCUCACGGAUGUACGAGAAAACUUGGGAUGAAGAUCUGUGGAUUUUUACAGAAGAAUAAUAAUGUGGAUGAGAAGAGUCGGAUUGUGGGCGCUUUUACCGAGCAGCCCUCCCCGAAGAACCUGUUAACCCGGGACAACGAGCGGGGGUCGCGCUUCAGACACACAGAGACGGACUUCUCCAACCUGUAUGCCCGAGAUUUACUGCCUGCCAAGAAUGGUGAAGAGCCUACUAUUCAGUUCCUGCUGGAGGUGGUGGACAUCCUCACUAACUACGUGCGCAAGACAUUUGACAGAUCCACCAAAGUGCUGGACUUCCACCACCCACACCAGCUGCUGGAGGGCAUGGAGGGCUUCAACCUGGAGCUUUCUGACCAGCCGGAGAGCCUGGAGCAGAUCCUGGUGGACUGUAGAGACACACUGAAAUAUGGUGUCAGGACAGGCCAUCCCAGGUUUUUUAACCAGCUAUCAACUGGGCUAGACAUCAUUGGCUUGGCUGGCGAGUGGCUCACCUCCACUGCAAACACUAAUAUGUUCACGUAUGAAAUUGCUCCGGUCUUUGUGUUGAUGGAGCAGCUGACUCUGAAGAAGAUGAGGGAGAUCGUAGGCUGGCCCAAUGGAGAAGGUGAUGGCAUAUUCUCCCCAGGAGGAGCAAUCUCCAACAUGUACAGUGUGAUGGUAGCUCGGUAUAAGCACUACCCAGAGGUGAAGACUAAAGGCAUGACAGCAGCUCCCAGACUCGUGCUGUUCACUUCUGAGCAUAGUCACUACUCCAUAAAGAAAGCCAGUGCAGUUCUUGGCUUUGGGACAGAAAACCUGAUUCUGCUGAAAACAGAUGAGAGAGGUAGAGUGAUCCCUGCUGAUCUGGAGGCCAAGGUCAUUGAUGCCAAACAGAAGGGGUAUGUUCCAAUGUUCGUGAAUGCUACAGCCGGCUCCACAGUUUAUGGAGCUUUCGACCCCAUCAACGAGAUUGCAGACAUCUGUGAAAAAUACAACAUGUGGCUCCAUGUGGACGGAGCAUGGGGAGGUGGACUGUUGAUGUCUAGAAAGCACAGACACAAGCUGAACGGCGUUGAGAGGGCAAACUCUGUCACAUGGAAUCCUCACAAGAUGAUGGGCGUUCCACUACAGUGCUCUGCCAUUUUGGUUCGAGAGAAGGGUCUUCUGCAGGGCUGCAAUUCCAUGUGUGCUGGCUACCUUUUCCAGCCUGAUAAACAGUAUGAUGUCACCUAUGAUACCGGAGACAAGGCCAUACAGUGCGGCCGACAUGUGGAUAUCUUCAAAUUCUGGCUCAUGUGGAAGGCAAAGGGUACCACUGGAUUUGAGAAGCAUAUAGACCGGUGUUUGGAGCUUUCAGAGUAUCUCUAUAAUAAGAUCAAGAACAGAGAAGGCUAUGAGAUGGUUUUCCAGGGGCAGCCUCAGCACACUAAUGUGUGCUUCUGGUAUAUUCCUCCAAGCCUGCGUGGCAUGCCAGAUGGGGAGGAGAGGAGACAGAGGCUCCAUAAGGUGGCCCCCAAAAUCAAAGCCAUGAUGAUGGAGUGUGGGACAACAAUGGUGGGCUACCAGCCUCAAGGUGACAAAGUCAACUUCUUCAGGAUGGUCAUUUCAAACCCAGCCGCCACCAGGUCAGACAUCGACUUCCUGAUCGAUGAGAUCGAACGACUGGGCCAGGAUUUAUAAAGAGCACACAGAUCUUUCAGCCAGCUGUCUCUGAAGCAGUGGUCAGUGUUCACUGGGCCUGGAUAGAUGCCCCUGAGGAAUCUUAAACAAUUCAACAUAGUGUUAGCAAACAUUCUGGCAGCCCUCAUACAAUUUCACCUUCAUUCUGAUUAGGCUACUGGUCCACCAUGGACUCCAGUGAUGCAUGAUCUUUUAUAACACCCCAUAAAACUGGGGAACUGACAAUGUUGACAAACUACAGCACCAAUGGGAAACAAGAGUUCAUACCAAUGUGAUGUUUUACUGUAUACAUUAAAGGAACACUCUAGUGUUUUUCAAGCUGCAGCAUCUGUAGUAUAUGAUCAACUACCAUGGACAAUAGUUGUGAACAAAGUGUUAUCAAAAGUGUUUGUCUGUGGUAAUUGACCAUUCACUACAGAUGCAGCAGGUAGAGAUUGGGUUGAAAAACUGGAGUAUUCCUUAAAUUCUCCAAAUGGACUAUAGAUCUUCCAUGGUGGAGCUGCUAUUGAGGGUGAAGCUCUAUGAGGUCUUGCGUUCUGGGAGUACAGCGACUGAAGGAGAGAUAUCAUUCUACUCUCUCAAUGUAUCUGUUAUGUACAAGAUCUUUCACUCGUAACGGUAAACAUUUCACUAGAUAUGACUACAGAGUCUUCUGCACUAGUAUAUAUUUUAAGAAUACUAUGUGAUUUAUCAAAAUCAAUUAACUGUUGGUUCUCAGUGUUGUCAGUGUGAUUACAAAGGCGCAUAUAUUAGCUGUUCUCCUGUGUUAUAAAUGAAUGGGGAAUAAUGCAUUCAUCACUAUCAUACCAGGAACUGUAUUCAAUUGCUGUGUUUUUAGAACUGAAGUCCUUUAUGUAGAUUGUGUAUAUUAUUGUUAUAUGUCCUUUGUGACAAACAUAUUACAUAGUUUUACAGUAAGAGAUGUUUAAAUAGUGAUUACCAGGUGCAUAGAGAUAUUUAUUAAGAUUUUAUUUAUACAAAGAGAUUAAUUGUGUGAAAGAUGUCUUUUCCUCCAUUUGUAAGGGAUCCUUAUUUGUAUUUUGAGCGGAUAUUAUGAUUACGAGUGUUUUAACCAAUGUUUUAGAGAUUUCAAUGUAUUCAUUGACCAAAGACAUGGAACGAAGUGGUGUUUAUUUAUCUGUCACUUUAAUCUGUACUACACAAUGGCUUAGACUAAGUGAUCAAUGUGUAAUGUAUCAAUGAGAUAUAAGAUAUCAGUGAGCACAUUCAAUAUAACCGUAGUGCAAUCAGUGUGGUGUAGCUGUGAUUGUCACUAUUAUUAUACAUACACAAUAAAUGUUAGAAGUAAUCGUGUAGUUCUAGUCAAGUCAAAAGAAGUCCAGUGAAAAGAAGUGGCUGAGUUCUAGCUGGUAUUGCUGGUACUUGGUAAGAAAAGCACAAAAGACUCUCUUAAAAUACAAGUGUAGUAUAUUUUAUUAAUAUCCAGAGAGGAUUUUUAUUGAUGUUUUAGCAACCUAAGAUCUGCUUUUCCAAGUCACAGAAAAACAGUACACUGAAAGAAGUGCUUUGAAUUUACGUUUUAAACACAUCAGUUGGUUACACGUGAACAAAAUGUAUUACAUCAACACAAUUCUUGCCAAAAGACAGAAAUUAUGUUGAUUUAACAUAUUUUAUUCAUGUGUAACCAACUGAUAUGUUUGAAUUUGAUGGACACAUUUGAAUCAUGUGCAUUCAAAGCAGCAUAUCUUUCAGCAUGGUUUUGGACUAAACUCUAAUUGUAAUUAUUGUAUUUGGAGACUGGGCUUAGUCUGUGAUGGGAAACCAGUCCUGAAUUCUCAACAAAAAAGGGUGUUCAGACAUGCCUGGACUACUUAGUGUAAGCAGUGACAAAGAUUAUGUAUUUACGGACAGCAUAAAAUGUUGAAAUACAGCCCCAUAUAUGAGAAUGGUCUGUCAGAUAAAACAGGCACUUUAAUCUACAGUCACACCAAGUGAACUUGUGCAGGACUGCUGUCAUAUAAAUACUGCAAAUAAAACACUCAGCUUUCAGUC